AUGCGUUACGAAUUAUCUGACAUUACAUUAGACCAAGACCAAUGCAACAAAAUUGAAACAUUUAUUGGAAUUUGUAAUGUUGUAGCUAGACAACCAAGAGAAUAUGCUUUACUAUAUCUUAAUUAUAAUCAUUGGGAUUUAGAUGAAGCUAUAAAAUUAUUUUUUCAUAUUCAAGAUGUUGGUAUAGGAACGAGAAAGAAUUUUCUGUAUAAUAUUGAAGAUGGUUACUAUUAUCCAGCUCUUCCUGAAAUGACAGUUUUAAAAGAAACAACCAUUGGUUUAGGUGAAGGUGUUUCUCCAGGAACAAGAGUUACUAAAACUUUUGAAGUUGGUAAUACUGGAAUUAUUCCAUGGCCACUUAAUUGUACUCUAAGAUAUGUUGAGGGUGAUAAUUAUUCGGAAAAUGCAAUUAUUGAAAUAAAAUCAUUAAAACCCGGGGAAACUGAUAUAAUUAAUAUAACAAUUGUUGCACCAAAUUUUCCGGGAACUGUUUUAAUUAGUCGUUGGAGGAUGUUUGAUUCUAGUACUGGAAUGCCAUUUGGUGAUUCAAUUUGGUGUAUUUUGGGUAUUGAGACAGGCGGUAUCAUGGAUCUUACGCAAAUGAUAGCCGAUUUAGAAUUAAAGAGAAAAGGGAACUCUUAA